GCCAUUUUGCCGUCGCGGCUAAAACAUCUAACAUGGAAUGGACAGAUGAUCAUGACCACUCUCUCUGUCAAGAAAUUCUGGCUCUAGAACCCUUUAAAGCUAAAAAGGGAAGUAUCGCAAGAGGGCAGAUCUGGGAAAAAAUUGCCAGUAAUCUCAACUCCCUGAAAAUUCCAAGAUUUAAAGUUAACAAGCGCUCAGUGAGAGAGCGUUACACACUACUCAUUGAAAAAUUAAAGAAAAAGUUACAAGAAGAGAAAAAGGCUAGUGGCAUUGAGACUGACAUGAAUGAUGUUGAGAAAGCUUUGGAGGAAAUACUGGAAAAGGAGGCUGAUGCUGAAAAUAGUCUGGAAGUUGACAAGAAAAAAGAGGAUAGUGCCAAAGCUGUCGAGAUGCGGAAUAGAGCAAUGGAGAGCAUGCGUUCAACACAGAAAAGGAAGGAUGGUGAUGAAGUCGAGGAUGUAGAGAAUGCACAACCUAAGCGAAAAGUCACAAGGAGGAGUGGUGGGGACACAGUGGCGUAUCUGCGUGAGAAGAAUGAUAUGGUUCAGAAAUGGAAAGCUGAAGAGUUGGAAUUGCACAUGCAGCGCCUGGACAUAGAGAGAAGAAAGCAAGAUGAGUCUCAAAAGCAACAUCAAGAAAUGAUGCAAAUGAUGGCCCAGCAAGUCCAGCAGCAACAGAAUCAAAUGCAACAGUUUCAGCAGAUGUUUGUUGCCAUGCAACAACAGCAGUCACAAAUCAUUUUGAGACUUUUAGAAAAGCAUUGAGUAACUGAAUGCGUUAAAUGCUGUUGUUUUGUUCAAAUUUUAUGGCCUUUUGACUACGUUUUUAUAUGAUUAGAGAGGAUUGAUAUGGGGGUGGGGGGAGGGUCUGUUGCAGUUUUGGAACAUUCUCUGUGCAUAUUUUGGGAAGCUCCCCAUUCUCCUCUGCUCUCACCCUGGUGUUAUUAUACCUUGUACCCUCUGAAAUGGAUUCUGAACCCUUCUUACAUUAAUUAUAGUUGUUGUUAUACAUCAGUUGACCUGACUAAAAAUACUAAAGAAUAAAUACCAAAACUUUAAACAGUAGUUUGUUGGCAGGUUGCAGACAUACACUGUUACAUCUUAUUGACUA